GCCAUAUGCUCUUUCACCAUGAAACCGAUCAUAGCGAUCAUUUGCUUUGGUUUAACCAUUGUUAGCCAUGUGGACUGCGGGAACGGAAAGAAGGGCGAGGAAACUGGAAGAUUUGUGGCAACUAUACAAUCGCCAAUUCCAGCACCAGCUCCAGCUCCACCAAGUGUAGUUUACAAAUUGCCAUCGCCAUAUCCAUAUCCUCAUCACCCGCCGCCUCCACCUCCACCCCAACAAUGCUUUUGCCCGCCGGCUCCGCCAGGUCCACCAGGACCUCCAGGUCCGCCAGGUCCAACUGGACCGUCGGGCAAGCCGGGACAUCCCGGGCACAAAGGUGAUAAGGGCGACAAGGGAGAUAGAGGCCACUUUGGACCACCAGGAUUGCCUGGUCAUGUGGGUCCGGUAGGGCCGCCUGGACCUCCUGGACAUCAUGGUCACAAAGGACCUUGGCCUAUGCCUCCACCACCUAUUUAUCCACAGCCACCGCCAAUAAUAAUACCAGUUCCUGUGCCAUCAACCAAGAAGGGACAUCAUCAUAAGGGUCAUAAGGGAGGUUCUGGAAGUCCUGGAUAUCCAGGAUACCCAGGACAACCAGGUUAUCCGGGCUAUCCAGGAUAUCCUGGCUACCCAGGAAAUAACAAUCCAGGAUAUCCACCGCAACCAGGUCCCCCACAUCAUCCCCAUUAUCCACAUCAUCCUCACUAUCCACAUCAUCCAGACCAUCAUCACCAUCCAGGACAUCACCAUCCGGGCCACCACCAUCCAGGACAUCAUCACCCACCAGGAUAUCAUCACCCACCAGGACAUCAUAACCCUCCAGGAAACACUAACUCUCCAGGACAACACGAUAUUCCAUAUAGAGCUGACCAUUUUAGUGAAUAUUAUGCUCAGCAAGACCAUAAACGGGAUGAGAUGGGACACUCCGAUGAACUUGACAAUAAUGCUUACAGUGAACAAAAUAUGCUCGACCAUAACGAAGUAACUGGUCCCAUGAUGUCUUAUAUAACCGAAACUGUAUUUGACGAGAAUGAGUUGGGAGAUAAUUUGUCCGAAAAUGAGAACUCAAGUAACGAAGAUAACUCGGAGACAAGCAAUGCAGUUGACAGCGAUAACAGUGUUGAGGAUCAAACAUCCAUGUCGGAAACAAAUGAAGACAACAUGUAUGAAGAUAAUAUUGUUGAGGGACGUAGCAGCAAAAAGCCUAUUAUUUUGGCAAUAAGCACUCAACAUCAUCCAUUUCAUAUAUAUUCCUUAAAGAAGAACCAAAAAUAA